GGCAGCUUGUUAGAUCGCUAUGUAACAUAUUUGUACGGAUACAAGCACUUGUUCUGUUUUGGCAAUGGUGGCGGAAACACGAGUAUGGAAUAUUGACUGUUAAGUCACUGUGGUCAUAGACGAAAAUUUCAUGAAGUUUUCUUUCGGGAUUACGUCGUUUUAAGAUGUAGCUAGGCUAUCUACUAAACAUGCUUGUUUCCCUUAAGUUGGCACGCUUUCGGGCAGUCGUAUUUUGUAGACCAAUGGUUUGAGGUCGAUGACAGGUAAGGUAGCCGACUAGUAACAGUAGUUACUUCCUGAAAUGUUCACAGUGCAGGGAAUCGAGUUUCAGAGGGCAACACAGGACCGUAGCACGAGCAAACCGAUCAAGGCCACUACAAUAGAGUGCACGGUUGAAGGAUAGUUGAGUGAUUGUCAUUUUUUUAGUCAAGCAAGUCAGGAUACGGAACUCCACCGUGGAAUAGGUUUAUAGAAGCGGCAACAACACGUAAUACUUCUUCGCGAGAAGGCACGAUUAAUAAUGCAUGAAAGAUCCCUGCUAGUUUGCAUUCAUUUGGGCUUGCCAACAGUACAGCUGUUGGCCGGGCCUGCCUUCUGAUCGGCAGCUCGCCUGUGUGUGGGGGGUCGUCGAUGUAACUGAUCGUAAUCGUAUAUCCAGCGCCACGAUGGGUCAGGACAGGGGGAAGUAUGACUUCUACAUUGGGCUGGGGUUGGCCAUCAGCUCCAGCGCGUUCAUCGGGGGCAGCUUCAUUCUAAAGAAGAAGGGUCUAUUGCGCCUGGCCAGGAAGGGCUCCAUGCGGGCUGGUCAAGGUGGUCAUGCCUACCUGAAAGAGUGGCUUUGGUGGGCUGGUUUAUUAUCAAUGGGAGCCGGCGAAGCGGCAAAUUUCGCUGCUUACGCCUUCGCCCCAGCCACCCUCGUCACCCCUUUAGGAGCCCUGAGCGUCCUUGUGAGCUCAGUUUUAUCCUCGCACUUCCUGUCUGAGCGGUUGAACCUGCACGGGAAGCUGGGAUGCCUCCUCAGCAUUCUGGGCUCCACCACCAUGGUGAUCCACGCCCCCAAGGAAGAGGAGAUCAACAGCCUGGACGACAUGGCCAAGAAACUUGUGGAUCCAGGAUUUGUGGUGUUCGCAACCUUUGUCGUCAUCGUGGCCCUCAUCUUGAUCUUCAUUGUGGGACCUCGGCACGGACAGACCAACAUCCUGGUCUACAUCACCAUCUGCUCCGUUAUCGGGGCUCUGUCGGUGUCCUGCGUCAAAGGACUGGGCAUCGUCAUAAAGGAGGUGAUCGCGGGGAAGCCGACCAUCAGGAAGCCCCUGGCCUGGCUCCUCCUCGUCAGCCUGAUCGCUUGCGUCAGCACCCAGAUCAACUACCUGAACAAGGCCCUGGACAUCUUCAACACCUCCCUGGUGACGCCCAUAUACUACGUCUUCUUCACCACGUCGGUGCUCAGCUGUUCCGCCAUCCUCUUCAAGGAGUGGGAGCACAUGGGCCCGGAUGACAUCAUCGGCACCUUAGCCGGCUUCGUCACCAUCAUCGUAGGCAUCUUCCUGCUGCAUGCCUUCAAGGACGUCAGCAUUAACCUGGCGAGCUUGGCCGUGUCCAUACGGAAAGAGGAGAGGGGGCCGCCUGUGGCCAACGGCCUGGCACCGCACGCCUCCUACGAACUGCUGGACAGCAACACCACGGUGGACAUGGAGGUGGGCCCGCCCUUCGAGAGUGUCUCCAGGAGAAACGGCACUACGGCAGCCUUGUAGGGUCAAAAUGGGCCAAGUUGCUGGGCACAGGCCCAAUGGAAGAUGGUGUAUUUGUGUGAAAACAGACUAAACUUGAGACGUUCAAGUAAAAGAAAGCCUCGGACGGACCAAUGGAUUGAACAUUUCUGUUUGCCUUAUCUGUCCCUUUUUUGGAAUUUAACAUGACUACAUGAUUAGGUUCCAUCUCACCCAUGUAGCACUGUAAAUAUUAUUCCCAAUGUUUUUAAAAAUGAUUUUCAUAUUCUUUCUGUACAGAGAUCUGUAUUUACAUGCACAGAGUUCAUUUCUAUAAAUUAAACUGGUCAGUUCCCUUAA